UACAUGUUUCAUAAUUUACCGUAAUCGAAUCACUCAGUAUGGAUGCAACCAAGGUCAUCAAACUGGGAAUGUAAUUAUUUUUUUUCUAAUUUAUUGCAUCUCAUUUAAAAUCUCGUCUGUCGAUUUGUUUUUCACAUGAUAAAUCAUUCUAAUAUCGCCAAAAACAACGGAAGCAAAACACAUGAUACACUUAACGAGGAUGGCUUAUUAUUCUGGAAAUGGAAAGUGCGAGACACACAUAAAGUGUUAAAAGGCAAAAACGAAAAAUUCAUAUCGAGUUCGGAAAAAAUGUGAACGGCAUCGGAUUUACAGGUAUUUCCCUAAUGAUCCCCGUGGAAGUAAGAGUUUGGGGUUGUCGUGCAGAAACCUGUGCAUCUGUCACAUUACGUACGAGGGAUGCUCCAUGCUUCAUUACGCCUCGCUACCUGACUUGGGGUCAAUGAAUAAAUAACUGGCCUCCACAAAAACUAACGGCCUCUCUCGUCAGCGAUGAUUUAAGGAGCCGGCUCUACGAUUUUUCUCAACUUGUACAUUUCCUCGCACAUUUGAACACUAUAUACAACACGGUUCAAACAACAGAAAAUAUAUACCUAGUCAACGUGCUAGGAGAGAAAACCCGAACUCCGCCCGACAUGAGUAAUGGUGUUAAGGUGUGGAUAUAAUAUGCACAUUUUAUCAUUUUUUCCAGUGUCUGUGUGACUGUACGUAAAUGGUCUACUACAGGGCCGGGAUCGAAGACAUGUGUUUUUACCGUCAGGACUCUGAAUUUAACUUUGGUUCUCGCUGAAUGUGUGUGGAGAGUGCAGUUCCCGAGUACCAAGUUUCCUCUGUUCCCGGCAUCACCAUAAUUUAUCGUCAGAGUGGUUAUAACUAACGACAGCGACAGAAUUACGAUCUCGAUUUAUUCAAGCCAAAUGAGUUCUUAUUUUGUUAAUUCUUUAUCAGCAUGUUAUGGUCAAACUAUGGGAAUCGAUUCUUGUUCAGAUGGAAGUUUUCAUAGAAAUGGAAAUUACCAACACACGGGUGCUUUCUAUCCAGGAUUUCCAAGUGCACGGUACCCAUACCCAUCGAAAGAGGAGCGGCUGGACGAUAAUGAUUAUUAUGGGGGUCCCAGACUAAGCCACUUACCUCCAGCAAGUCCAUGCGGUUCCCCCCAUAGUCUUAAUACAGGGACCCCUAGUUUACAAACAGUGCACCCGAUGCACGAACGACCCUCGUGUAACAUUCGAACUGGUUCCAACAACAAUUCAUACUAUCAUAAUGGACACAUCGGGGAAAGGAAUCGAUCGUCCCCCUCAUUACAAGCCCCAUCCACCUCACCCUCCUCCCAGCCACCCCCGGGGCAGGGCUCGGGGCCGACGUCACCCACUUCUCCCCGGUCUCAAUCAGAUCAGCAAUACAACAGCCCUCAGAUCUACCCGUGGAUGAGGAGAAUGCAGUACACUCAGGAGGGAAAUGAUGGGGAAUCUAAGCGUUCGCGGACGUCAUACACCCGCCACCAGACCCUGGAGUUAGAGAAAGAAUUUCACUACAACAAGUACCUCACUAGGAGAAGACGGAUCGAGAUUGCACAUGCGUUAAACCUCACGGAAAGACAAAUAAAAAUAUGGUUCCAAAAUAGACGCAUGAAGUGGAAAAAGGAACACAAACUCUCACAUAUAGCGAAAAAUAUGAAUUUUUGUAAUGCUUUGGAAAAGGCUGCUGCUGAACACGCCCAUGAGAACAAAAUGGCACUGUGAAAUGUCGGACUUCAAAUAUUAAAGCUGACAAUCUCGACAAUUGGAUGCAUUCAAACACAGUUUGGAUUCCUCCAACGGAAUAGAGCCAAAGAAAUCUGCUAUCAUCGUAACCCAAGAUGGAUUUUGGUUGUGAUGACACUUUUAGAAGAAGACAAAAACUGAUAGAAAACAAAACGAGAACUCGAAUACUCUACAAAGACUCGGUUUAUGAACCAGGGUAAACAAAACCACGUGCUUGUGUUUUUUUUAAUUACGCCAUAUAUAUUUGUAUCUGUUUUCUUUUCACUUAAAUGUUUGUACGAAACUUUUGAAGUUCGUAAGAGGAGCAGUCAUUUCUCUGAGUGUAGUUUUGUGAUAUUUCGUGAAUACUUGGUACAUUUACUGAACAAUGCCUGCAUAAUGAACAUUAUGAUACCGGCAAUACAUUGCUUUCUCUAUAAUUAUUGCAAAGGAUCUAAAGUCAUUAGAAAAAAAUAUCCAUCUUUCAGGAUUCGACACAUACUGCAUGCUGAAGGAUCGUCUGAAUUCCACUGUGAAUAGGACUCAAGUCAUGAUCAUAAAGUGUAUUUUGUGUCGACAACUUUAUUUUAGAUCAUUUCAUGAACGAUCUGAUCGAUAGAUACCUCAAUAUUCAAGCUAAACAUAUCAAUAUAGUUCUUUCUUUUCUGUUUUUUUUUUUUUUUACUUCCUUCUCGAGUCACUUCAUUUAUGAUUUAGACUGCCAAAGUAGAAUUUAUUAUGUUAUUUGAAAUAAAACGCAGUAAAAUAAAAAAUGAAGACAUACACAG